AUGGAAGAGAAAAGAGGAGAGUCUCAUGCGAUGAAGACCAAGAUUGAUAUCAAGAGUAUGGACGAUAAGCUGAAGAAGCAUCUUGAUAGAGUAUGCAUACAAACUGAGAUAGAGAAGAAGAAGGGGCUAGAGAAUCACAAAGUUCGAGCCAUGGAAUUCGAAAUACAGAGGACACAAGAAUGGGCAAUAGAUCCUGCAACGCUGGUUAUAAACAAAGAAGCAUUUGCUCGUGGAGCCUUUGCUUCAGUUCACAAAGGUCGCUACCAGGAUCAAGAAGUUGCUGUUAGAAUAUUGGAUUGGGGAGAAGACGAGGGAGGAUUCUUGCAAACAGAUUUUCAGCGCGAGAUUUCUAUUUGGUACAAGCUCCAACACCCCAACAUUACCAAAUGCAUUGGAGCUACAACAAUCGUUAGUAACUCUGCUUGGGUGAUCAGCGAGUAUGUACCUGGAGGUACUCUCAGGUCUCACCUGAAGAAGUUUCGCGAAAGGAAGCUGCCUUUCAAGGUUGUCUUGCAACUAGCAUUGGAUCUUGCCAAAGGAUUGAGCUAUUUGCACUCCAAGAACAUUGUGCACAGAGAUGUGAAAACAGACAAUUUGCUUCUUGAUAAAAAUGAGAGAGUAAAGAUAGCAGAUUUCGGUGUGUCACGUCUUGAGGCUUCGAUAUUGAGCGAGAUGACAGGCCACACCGGCACCCUUCAAUACAUGGCUCCUGAGGUCUUGGAGUCGAAACCAUACAACAAGAAGUGUGACGUCUAUAGCUUUGGGAUUUGUUUAUGGGAGAUAUGCAGCUGCCAGUUGCCCUACUCAGUCUACUCUAAGGAUUCAUCAGUGUUAGAGGUAACUUCUGCUAUUGUGAACAAAAACUUAGACCACAGUAGCAAGCCCAACUGCAUCAGUGCCCGAGUUAGGGUUACAGAGCCGCCGUCAUCGCGACUUAGUCCGGCAGCCUUCCCCGUCGAGAGGCCAUGA